AUGCGUCCAGUUAUUGGCAUCACUUGCAGCUUGACGGCGAGCCCUAUCGGUGACUCCAUAUAUACUCUUGAGCGCAACAUAAUCGCCCGCGAUUAUGCCGGUGCGAUUGAAUACGCUGGGGGCACCCCGCUCCUCGUGCCACACGUUGAGGAUGUGGAGUGCAUCGACCGAUACUUGGGAGUGCUCGACGGGCUUGUGCUCUCCGGCGGUGGUGACAUUGAUCCGUUACUGUUUGGUCAGGAGCCGCAUCAAAAUAUGGGCAGCGUUGACCGUGUGCGCGAUGAGAUGGAACUGCAGCUUACUCAAAAAGCAUUAGACCAGGACCUGCCAAUCCUCGCAAUUUGUCGUGGGAUCCAGAUGCUAAAUGUCGCGGCAGGCGGCACGAUCUACCAAGAUAUUGCCGCUGAGAUGCCGCAGCCAACGUUACGCCACUCCCAAACGGGCGCAGGUUGGUAUGCGUCCCAUACAAUAGACAUCCUGUCCGAUAGCCGUCUGUUUCAGGUUUUCGGCAGUCCUACUACCCGUGUCAAUUCCUUCCACCACCAAGCGGUGCGAGAUGUUGCCGAGGGCUUUAUUGUAACCGCCAAAGCGAAAGAUAACGUUGUCGAGGCUAUUGAAAGCCCGACUCACCAAUUCGCGCUCGGCGUGCAGUGCCAUCCUGAGAUGAUGUGGGAACGUCAUCCGGAAGCCCUGAAUCUGUUCACGGCGUUUCUGAAAGCGUGCCAAUGA